AUGGCGGAGGUGCUAUUUGUUGCCGUCGCUUACCAAGACUUCACGGCUACCACUACGACCACAACUGACAAGAGAGGCCCUCUCUCACCGCAGUGUUUGUCCAUUGCUUUACUACAGACGACCUUUCACGAAACAUCCCUGACAACCUCUCAAGACGAUACUCCGGCUGCGCCGCUCUCUCCCGUUCGAGUAGACGUGCGGCUAUGUGGAAGCAUACCCCGAAGUGACAUGGUCACUAAGCUCGGUUUGCGGGGUGCGCCGUGUCCUCUGUCCAUCUUGACAUCAGCGGAUUUAAAUGCUUCUCAGCUAGCGGAAACCAACGCUUGCGACAGCUCAACGCUCUUGAAGUCUUCCAUCAGUGAAGGACCGGUUGGUCGCUUCGUGGCGGCACAACAGCGUCCAAUGGCGAGAAUACAGAGCGACCUUGGUCCGCCUGCGCCUGUUUAUGAACCGCCAUCCUGGGCUGUUCCUGCACGGGGGGAAGCUCGUCUGGAACCUGUCUGCGAAGCCUUGGGUCGUCAAACAUCUGUUGACCUGACGUCCAAGUCCUCCUUUCGUGUUGGACGUUCUCCGCAAUCUGACGUCCAACUGAAUCAUGGCACUUCUUCCCGACGCCAUGCUUUGCUAUUCCACCAUUCUAAUGGUUCCUGCUACAUUGUCGAUUGUGGCAGUGCUCAUGGGACUUACGUGAACGGUGUUCGUAUCACCUCUCCGCCAAAUGGAGGAGUUGUCAUUCCCUACAAGGUGAGACGAGGUGCCAUGAUUCGAUUCGGAGGCCCCGGUGCCCCCUGCUUUGUCUUGAAGUCAUUCUCCUUUCAACUGGAAGAACUAGCGGAACCUACCACCCAGAACGCAUCGAUUGAAGGAUCCGAAAGCGACGCUGUUGUUGUACAGAAGAACACUCGGCUCAAUGCCCUGGGACAAACGGCCAUUGACUCUGUACGGUUCUCCAUCAUCAGUAUGGCUUGCAAACGGUCCUUCGAUACCCUGGAUGGAGAAGACUUUGAAGAACCCUGCUCCAAGCGCGCACGAUGUUCCUCUCCGCCGCUUUCUCCCGAAGAGCCGAUGCGCCUCGUCUCGCCAGACAUGCCGUCCUCCUCGAAACACAGAAGAGUCUCAUUCUCUACUGAUCCACCCAUUGCCUUCUACCCUGCCCUCGUAACACCAGAAGAACUCUCGAGCGAUGAAGACAAUGGUUGCUAUUAA